CUAUCAAUGGAAGACACAACCUCGAUCCUUCCUCGAUUGAAGAGACACUCUAAUGCGUAUGGAAUUGGUGCUCUCGCCAAAUCCUCUGUCAAAGGUAUCUCUCGAUCGAUGAAGGAUCACGUGACCAAGCCUACAGCGCUUGGCUCAGGACGUGUUGCUCAUAUGAUAGAAUGGCAAAGUUGGGCUCAACCCCCGCCUCCGGCCAAUAAAUGCCCUCAAAUGGACAGCGACGCUUACUCCGACUUGAGUGAUGGAGAGAAGGAGGCAAGGUUUCUGGCAGGUGUUAUGCAGCAAUUUGCUAUUUCUGAGGCAACGCUAAUGGCCUGGUCAUCUAUGGAUGGAGAAGAAGAAAGCGUCAAUUCCAACCAGGAAAGACAAAGUGAAACUUAUCAGGAGUUGCUGGAGAACCAGGACAACCUUGCACAGACACACUCUGACUGCUGGCCACAUUCAUACGUGUCACAAGGACUCUAUUGCCUGGGCUCCUCUGAAGCAUGGGCCAGCAGUGAGCAGUCGCUGACAGUAUCCCCAGCACCAACAGGGUUUCUAACCACAAAUCCUGGACCUGAGUUUGAAGAAAGACAGCUUGAAAACAUCUGUGAGAUUGCCCCCCAGUUACUGCACUCUAAAAUUUCCCCUUCAGAAGAUGACGAUGUCGUUUGCCAUGACUUGCAGUCUCUUUCUCCGCCGCGUGAGGAAUACGAGAGCCCUCCACACAGCCGGAAGGUAUCAGAUGUUGCAACAUCAGGGGUGCAGUCUGGAGAGGAAGAAGAGGAAAGAGAAGUGGAAAACUGA